CCCAAAGAUCCCAUUUCCUUGAGGCAGGGCAUGUUCCCUGCAUAAAAAGCCAGUUGGUGGAGGGCACCGCCUCAGAUCCCGCUGACCAUACUGCCUGUUCUUCUCUGCACACCCCAGGCCCAGCCUUCACUGAAGCAUGAGUUCCCAGCAGCAGAAGCAGCCCUGCGCCCCACCCCCUCAGCUGCACCAGCAGCAGGUGAAGCAACCUUGCCAGCCUCCACCCCAGGAACCCUGUGUUCCCAAAACCAAGGAGCCCUGCCACCCCAAGGUGCCUGAGCCCUGCCACCCCAAGGCGCCUGAGCCCUGCCACCCCAAGGCGCCUGAGCCCUGCCACCCCAAGGUGCCUGAGCCCUGCCACCCCAAGGCUCCUGAGCCAUGCCACCCCAAGGUGCCAGAGCCCUGCCCCUCAACGGUCACUCCAGUGCCAGCUCAACUGAAGACAAAGCAGAAGUAACAUGGUCACAGGCACGCCUCUGAGGAGCCCACCACCAGAUGCUGAACCCCUUUCCCAUUCUGGCUUUCAAGUUCCGCCCAUCGUAUAUACGCCGUGCUGUAUCACCUAAGUCACAGUCCCUCUCUGAUUCGCAACCCAAAGCAUGGGCUAGGAAGCUUUCCUUCCUAAACUUUGGGGCAUCUAAGCCUCUGAAUUAGGCAAGGGAUGGGGGAGCUUGGCACCUGAGCUGGGUUUAGCUGCUCAGAAUUUGUCUGAAGAGGGACUUAAGGGGAAAACAGGUGAACCAGUUCUGUCAUUGUCCCCAUUAAAGUCC